UUCCAAGUACUCCAGUCUCCAUUCUGACAUUACUGUUCGCAACAAUCAUCAUUUUGACAGGUCACAGAACACAGAUAACCUCAAUUUUAGUAAUCUUCUGUUGUCAAUAUAACAGUGAUUUAAAGUUCUAAUAGAUAAAAUGAGAUGGGAUAUCACUUGCAAUUUUGAAAAUUUCUGCAGAAAUUGAGAUAAAAAAUAUAAACACUGGAAGGAAAAGGAAUCUUAUAUGCAGAGUUCUUCCGCUAAUAAAUGGACGCUCGACGUCUGAAAUAAGAUAAUCUCAUCGUAAUCUACGUGAAAUAGAAACGGAGAAGGGAUGGCAGAAGAGAAUGCAACAACGUCUAAAUCAAAAGACGAGGACAUAGAGAGCAGAGAUAUGGAUAUCAAUUGUUAUUUCAACAACGCAAUGCCUACGAUUUUCGAUGAAAUCGUCGUACCUAAAAGGUCCGAUUUUUUCGACGUACGAUCAAUCCCUGUAGGUACAGUUUCAGAUUACGGUCCUUUGUCCGAUGUCGCGUCGGCGAACUCUUUCGAUGCGGAUACCCUGCGAACAUCUACGUCUUUAUUGUUGGACGCGACGGUUGAUCGAGUUGAGCACAAUGCAUUGAGCGACGCGCACCGAGAUGCCUGGAUACCAUCGGAUCAAACGCGAAAGAUACUACGGUCCAUCGCGACCUCCGCAGCUGGCGCGAGUCAUCUGGACCGUGAGAAUCUCACUAUGCCCGGACUGGCCGUGCAGGGUGACAUGCCGGAUUUGAUUAAGAACGCAUCUAUCCAUUUUUUGGGCGAAGAUGAGAACAUCCAUCGGAAUGUGCUCACGGCGUCCGAUGUGACACAGGAUGAACGUGGUCUGAGAAAUCUGAUACAGGCCGGUUGCUAUCGAGCAGCGGUCAAUCUGUCCGGCAGACUAUUGGCUAUCUAUGCCCAAGGUUACGGCAAGAUCAAUCAACCUAGUAAGCAUACGCCUCAUUCUCUGCAGCUCUGGUAUACGAGACUCUCACUGUUGGUGAAAUUGAGACAGAUGGAUGUGCUGGAAAAUGAAUCGAAGCCAUUCGGUAAUCUCGAUAAACCCGACAUGUACUUCACCUUUUAUCCGGAAUUAUAUGGCACUAGACCAGGCUCCAUGGCAUCGUUUGCUUUUAGAUUAUUGUUGGCAGAGAUUCCCUUGUAUUAUGACAAAGCCAAACAAGCGUUAGAUAAUUUAUAUAAACUUUUAGCCACCGUCCAUCAAAUUAUAGCUAAUUUCCAUGCCGGUCUUAGCGGCGAGGGAACACACGUGAAGAUUAGUGAGUCCGAUCAGCACGAGGCUGUGAAACUAUGGACAGCUAGAAAAUCCAGGAUUCUCAUUUCCAUUGUCAAUUGUGCCAUCGGUAUGAGAAAUUAUAUUCUUGCGAUAGAGAUACUGGAGGAUCUGUGCAAGCUGCCUGAUUGGACCGCGGAGCAGAUAGGUAUCUUGAGAUCGGCCAUAGGAAGGGUACAUUUGUUCCUCGGUGAUGUCUCAGCGGCGGAAAAGUUUCUCGUUCGCGGUAAUAAGGAGGAGAAGACAACGAACAUCCGGGAACUGGUGGAUAGUGGACUAAUGGCAGUCGCACAAAAUGCCUUUCAAGAAGCCUAUAACUACUUUCAGUCGGCGUCCGCGAUGGAUCCGUCCAACGUAAUGUUGAUUAAUAACAUGGCGGUGUGUUUGUUGUACACCGGCCAGUUGAAAGCGGCCGUAUGGUUGUUCGAGAGCAUCGUCAAUAGAAAUCCAUUGAAAAGCCUGCAAGAGCCUAUCUUAUUGAACAUGUGUACAUCGUACGAGCUGCAUACGACGCAUUGUAAGCAGCCGAAACUGCAUCUAUUGCGGCAACUAAAUAGAUACAAGGGCGACGCGGCCGAUAUUCAGUGUCUAAAACUAGCUAUGUAAUUUUAGUCAUGAAUUUUCACUGUUAAUGUUAAUGUUACAUCUUGAGACCUGAGCCUGUUAUUCUCAUAAAUAUUAUAAGUUUGAUUGUAUAGUUAAUUAAAACAUAUGUACAAAGAUAAUAAGAUUGUAGAUUUUAGUACAGCUAAUUUUUUUUUUUUAACUUACGUCUUUAUAAAAACUUGAGAAAAUUAUUCUAACGAUAAAUUGAAUUCUCUUGCCUUCGACUUUAAUAACCGAUUUUUUUAAGGUAAAUAUUUAAUUCUUUUACGUUUUUUAAGAUUAAUUUUCUCAAAUUUGGAAGACCAUUGUUGCACUUUGAUUUAAAAAAAGUUAUACAUUUUUUAAAUACUAAACACAAUUGUGUACAAACUAUUUGGGCUCGGAUUACAAAAUGUUAAAUCUCAGGAAAAAUGUAAACGUUGUGAUAUUAAUAAUGGUAAAAUAUACCUAAUGUUUAGUUACACACUUCUAGACUUUUCAGAGCUUUCAAUCUCACAUCAUGUUGCUGAUGAGAUAUAGCAUGCCGUACUUUUUCACGUUAUCCACAUGUCCUUUCUAUCCGUAUUUUGUGUCUCAGCUGAUUAUUUAAGAAUCGUGCAUGCUCUGUGCGUACACAUUUUAGGGUCAUCGAUUGUACAGGAAACAACAGCGGAACAUCAAAGUAAAAUAGCCUUUAUUACAUCGUGAAACGAGGACAAUUUAACGAAUGUUUAACAAUUGCUAUAGUUUUCUCUUCUCACACUCUCUUCUUCGCUCUACUUCUCUCGCGUUUGCGCGUGUAAACAUGUACGAUUUACAUCUUUCCUCUUCCUUCGCCUCUCGAUUUAUCCCCCGCGUUUUUUUUUAUUAUUACUUUUUUUUUUAGUCGAAAGAAUACGAGUACCCCGCAGCGCGUUUUCUGAAAAUAUAUAUUAUGUAAUAAAAUUCAGUAUGUUUUUGCUAUUUUUUUUUCUUUUGCGUUUAUAACAUGCGUUUCGAUCGUUCUUUCU